CCAGUGGGCAUUUGAGUUGUUCGGUACCAAAUGUAAAUAAACAAAACGGAAACCGCAUCACAGUCUAGCAGAAAAAGUGAAAAUACUCAAGCAAUUUUGUAAAAUUGUAAAAACCACCAAUGGCAUCUCGUGACAGCACUUCGAAAAAAGUCAACAGACCUUCGGUUAACAUCGCAAUCAACCCUGGCAGCGCUAAUCUUCCAAUCGGUUCCGCAGCCGGAAAUACCAGCGGGGCCUCCAAUGGGCCGGACAAUUCCAUCGGAGAAUAUGUGCCGGUAUUUUUCGAUGAAAUAUCACAACUCAUGCGUGGCUACGGAGACUGCGAGAAUCCGCUGCGGGAAUCAGUCAUAUUGGUGGAGAAAAUUGUGCUGCACCAGUUGAGGGGAAUUAUGCAGGAAGCGAUUGAUCACGCGAUGUCACGGAACAAUUCACCGGUUUUGUCGCGGAGGGAUUUUGAGUAUAUUAUGAGGAAGAAUCCGAUGCGGGUGGCUCGCUUCCAGAAGUACUUCCGGGAUAUGGCGUUUGUAAAGAAGAAAAUGAAGGAUCUGUAUGGGGAGAGAUUUUCGCAACUGGGAGAUUUGGGUUCCAAUUUGGACGAGUCGGACGAGGAUUCGGAUCGCGAUGUGGCGGAGAAAUUCGACGAGGAGAAAAUUAGGAGACUUUUCCGGGCGGAUCGGAUAUCACAAAUUCUCACCGGGAAGCAGUACGAGGAGUUUAAUUUGGCCAGACGGACGUCGUUUAUGCAUCGAAACACGAACAUCAUGAAGAAUCGAAUGCGGGUUUGGCUGAACUUUCCAGAGGAUGUGAAUAUCUCGCAAAGUUGCUUGUUGACGCUGUCCUAUUUGGCCCACGAAACGAUUGCUGUGUUGGUGGAUUUUUGUAUCCUAACGAGACUGGACUCAUCGAAUCGAGGAGUGGAUCCUUACAGUCGAGUGACUUCAACAGGUACUUCUCAUACUAUGCUACAUCUGUGUCCGGAAGUGACCCAUGGUCGGGGAGUGGAUGGUGUGAAGCCAAUCACACCACAGGAGAUUAAUGAAGCGAUGAGACGACAUCGACAAAUGGCCACCCAAAACCUGGGCCAUUUCAGGAACAAUGCACUCAACUGCAAAACUCCCUUUUUGGCGAUGUAAAGAAAGAAGUGUUGUAUUUUUCAGACAUAUUUAUCACAUUUCAGCGAUAUAUUUUACUUUUUGUUUGAAGUCAACAAUAAAAUCGAUCAUUGUCAUAACUCAUCGA